AACACAUCAUACAUUGGGGUGCAGAUGCCUUGAAAAAGCUAAAACCCAGGAUUUAGAGAAUAGAGGAUAGAUGCACCCGUUUGUCCCUCCUCCAAGAAUCUCCAGUUUUGGUUGGUUGUUGUAACCAACUUUGCCUCUGUGCAAACAUGUGUCCUGUGCAGUAUAUACAGGAGAUCCCUCUGCAUUGAAGACCCAAGCAGGAGCAGAAGAACGAGACUGUUGACUAUUUUCCAGAGCAGAUAUGGCCACUGGAAACCCAAGUGAUUCAUCAGGUUCACUGACCAAAGAGGAACUUGCAGCAAUCGAAGAUGAAGAUGUACUAAACAAAAUGCUUGACAAUGCAAAAAACUUUGAAGACCGGAGUAUCAUACGUGCUGCAUUAAGGGAUCUGCUAAGGAGAAAAAUAGAUAAACGUAAGGAGGAGAGAGGAGAGCGACAGGCUGACUUAAAACAACAGAAUAAAGCUGCUGCAAGUGGAGGAGGAAGACCCACCUUUAACCAGCAAAGGUCUACAAAGCAAGAAAUAGCCCUCACUCUCUCCAACAAGACAACAAGUCCCUCUGCAGACUUACCCCAGAAAUCUCCCACCGCAGCUGCACCCAAUGCCAAAAACGUUAAACAAAUGCUUCUAGACUGGUGCCGGGCCAAAACAGAACCUUAUGAGGGUGUGGACAUCCAGAAUUUCUCCUCCAGUUGGAAAGAUGGGAUUGCUUUCUGUGCACUGGUGCACCGUUUUUUCCCUGAUGCGUUCGAGUAUUCCAUCCUCAACCCAAACAAACCCAGGGACAACUUCCAACUCGCCUUCAGCACUGCAGAGAGGUUGGCUGGCUGCCCCUCUCUGUUGGACCCCGAUGAUCUGGUGAGGAUGCAUGAGCCGGAUUGGAAGUGUGUGUAUACGUACAUACAGGAGUUCUACCGCUGCCUGGUGGAGAAGGGCCUGGUCAAAACCAAGAAAAGGCCAUAAAUCAACAUUCACUUCAUCCUUAGACCAAAUAUAUUGAGCAAUAAGAUCAACCUCUGUUGCAUUUCUGGUACAUUUGACACGAUAGACAAUUCUUAAACUAUCACUAUUCUUGCUACAGCAAACCAGUUGCACAGUUACAUUUAGGCUAUCCUCCUGGCACAAAAAUGAUCCACAUAAUAUGAGCCUGUGUUGCCCAAGCAGGGACACAAGGUUCAAACAAACUUCUCUCUUGAAGCCAGCCAUCAUAAAACUGUCUAAUGAUCAUAUAUAGGUAAAUGUAAAGAUUAUAUAAUAAUAUAUGAAAUAUAGCUACAGUUUUACUGCUUUUUGCAAAUAAAUAUGUA